AUGCCGAAUACCCACACCGCCAAGACCGACGAACUCGCCGACGCCGUCAAACAGCUCAAUGACCCCAAUGUACUGUCCUGCUUCUUGACGUUUUUCGCCUGCAAUCCCGCUGCCGAUCAGACCCCUGUUGCCCACCCGUCCCCAGUCGCUCAACGGAAACGUCGCCCCACGCAUGGGCCCACCUCGACGGCUCCACGAUGCUCCAAGCGCAUGAGGAUGGAUGACUCGGUGUCGGUGCCCACUGAAGACGAUGGGGAGUCGGACGACGAGUCAGAAGACGAGACACGGAACUUCAUCGAGUACCUGUACGACGUGCGACGCAAAGCGACCACCUCGCUGCUGCGUACGGUCAUGCCUGGCCCGAGGAGUUUGAAGACUGGUUUUGUGCGCUGA